UUUUAAAAAUUCUAAAUGGCAAACUCUCAUUUCAGAGUCAACUUCUGUCACGUUGCUGUUAUGGUAACAUAUUACUCAAUUGAUUUCUUCUACAUUGUGCUGUGUCAAUAAAUGAUCAAAUAUUGUAUCACUGCCUAUACUGCAGCACAGUACUGUAGGUGUAAGGUGGUGGAUUUAAACUAGCACCCAUAUUGUGCAAAGCAAAAAACAUUUGGCAAGAAAUUGCUGCUUGAUGUUGAAAUGAUAGAAUAUUUUAUACCAAUCAUUUCAGCAGAUGACUCAAACAGAUAACAAAUCCAUUUUUAUAGGCCUACAUUAUGUUCAUAUUAGAUUCUGUUUCCAUGGUAUAUAACUCCAGGAUUAUCUUAUGAACUUUGGAUUUAUGGGAGUGCACAAGCUCAUAAAAAUGAUUUGCUCUGGACAACAGGCGAUAACAGUGAGCUAACACUGUACAGAAAGGAAGACAAAGGGCAACAUAGGAUAGAGGAUGUACGCUUCCAUAGGAAAGAGUUGAAGUAAACAAGAAUGUAAUAUAAGCAGUCUUGAUAUUUUUGAUGUGACAGUUGUCUGUUGUGCUACAUUUGACCAUAGCCUACUACAAAACUGUGGAUUCAUUACAUUUUUGUAAAGAGAGGAGCAAGCAAGCAUAAUCUAAUUUUUCCAAAGGAUCCGUCAUGUCUUUGUCGGACAACCCCGAGCUGAGGCUCAUCCUGAUCGGGGAGAAAGAGGCUGGCAAGAGUGCAGCAGGGAACGCCAUCCUGGGGCGGCAGGGCUUCGACGCAGUUGGGGUGAGGACACGGGCAAGCCUGCAGAAGCAUGCGCAGGUGCGGGGCCAGCGUCUGACCCUGGUGGACACCCCCGGCUGGGAAUGGUUCUCCUCGCGCGGGGUUCCAGCCUCCAGCAUCGCAGCCCGGAAAGAGAUGGUGGGCGGCAGUGCCGGUUUGUGCCAACCAGGCGCCCACGGCCUCCUGCUAGUGAUUCCACUGGCAUACUCGUUUGGCGGACGCGAGCGGCGGGUGGCUGAGGAACACGUGGAGAUGUUCGGCCAGCGGGCCUGGGGCCACACGCUGGUGGUGUUCACCAUCUUCGAUCGGCGGCGGCUCCGCGACUCCAGCCUGGAGGAGGAGGUGGAGGAGAACGAGGACCUCCAGGCACUGGUGGACAAGUGCGGCGGCCGCUACCAUGCCCUGUACGGUAGGCCCCUGAGAGGGAACGACCAGGUGGCCGAGCUGCUGCAGAAGGUCCAGGCCAUGGUGAAGGGGAAUGGAGGAGCGCUGCUCUCUAGUGAGGAGAUUCUGCUGGAGGCCAGCAAGCGGGAAGAGGAGGAUGAGCAGAGGGAAGAGGAGGACAUGAGGGAGAGAGAGAAGGAACUGAGUAAAAUGAGGGAGGCACUGAAGCUACUGAAAGAAGAAGAAGACGCG